UGUGUGAUAGAAACACCCACGUCAAAACAAUAGUGGCAGUGGCAAUUUUGUGAUAAAAACUUGAAUAAAAAUCGAAUUAAAAUCAAAUUACCACUGAAAAGAAGUCCUUUUCGAAAAUGGGACUUCUUUUUUCAUCACUUUCGACUAAAAUGAUAUAAACCUAAACCUACCAAUCGUGCUUUUUUUUUUUUUUUUUUUUUUUUUUUUGAAAGUCAUAUUAUUCUAUCAGUUUUUAAGAUUUGAAACCUACCUAUUAUCACACACACGCAGAAUCAUGGAUAGCAAAGAAUACGAAAUGGUAAGAAAUAUGACGUUACUGUUCUUCUUCGAGAAACUGAUGGAUAAAGGAGGCCCUAGAACUCUACACGAUCUAAGCUGUCAAUUCGGAGCCAAAGGAUUCACGAAAGAAAUGAGACAGAUCGCUGGUGGUUCUCAAUCAGGAUUGAAGAAAUUCCUGACCCAGUAUCCUUCCCUUUUCACCGUCGAUGGUGAACACGUCUAUGCAUCGUUCUCACUGCCAGAGAAUAACGAAGACGAAACCUCAGGCUCGAAUAAAUCGUUAAACGUGCAUAAACGAGAUUACGUUAACGAAGCUGUAGAGUAUUUCAGUAACAAACUGAAACAAUACGGCGAAGGUACCGAAGUACCUAUUAAAAGUUUAUUGGGACAUCGUUCGCAAGCUUCGCCCGAAGUUCGUCAUAUUUCCGGACAACAUCUGAAAGAUUUCAGAGAUUUCUUACUACGGUAUCCGGAAACUUUCUGCGUGAUCGAAGAUAACGUCAUAUUGGCCGAAUACAUCGACAGCGAACGACAACCGUUCAAGGAGCUGGAAGAAACUGAAAUCGAUCCUCAAGUCACUGGUAAAUUACUUUCGUUUUGUAAAGAUCUUCUCAGAUCCAGAGGACCUUUACUGGUGGAUCAACUUUUCCAUUGUAUAAGCGAUCAGUUGCCCGAAGAGAUGUGGUUCUCGGUGUGCAAAACAGCUGCGGAUUUGUCUACGUUCUUGAAGAUGUAUUCGGAUGUGUUCGAUAUUAAAUCGAACUUGGUUUCGUUAACGUUGAAUUUGGCUGAGAAACCACCGUGUGCGAAACCUCUAUCGGUGACGGUUGCUGUCGAAGAAAAAACACCGAAGUAUGCGAAUGGACAAGCUGCCUAUAUACCGCUUUCACCUCCUGAAGAUUCGCCCAAAGUUCAACAGACUAAUAACCGACCUCAGAGUUUGAAACAGAGAAUUAAUUCUUUAUUAAUGAAAGCGUUGGCUGAAAAUACCGAAAAAGAUCGCAGUUUUGUUACGUCGAUGAAUAAUAGUAACGUAGCUGUAUCGACCAGUGCUCAUAAUGUUAGCAAUAAUAAUACUAAUAAUGGUAGCAACGGUGUGUCGAGUAAUGGAGAGAGCUGGAAAGCGAAGUUAUUACAGAGUUCGAAAAUCAUCGUUAAUCCUAGAGAAUGUACUUUGAUUAUCGAGGAUAUUUUCAAACAGGAGAAUCCGGUAGUCUCGUUCGACUGCGAAGGAAUUAAUAUAGGUGUUAAAGGGCAAAUAACUUUGUUUCAAAUAUGUACUACCAAAGAAAACGUUUACGUUUUUGAUAUCGUCACAUGUCCUUUGUUGAUAAACAACGGUGGCCUGCAACGUUUAUUGGAAUCGGAAAAUAUUCUGAAAGUCAUGCACGAUUGCCGCAAUAUCAGCGUUAAUUUGUAUAAUCAAUUCGGAAUUACUCUACGGAAUAUAUUCGAUACUCAGGCUGCUCAUGCACUGCUGCAUUUUCAAGAGACUGGUAAACCCGUUUACAAAACGAAGAAUAUAUCUUUAAGUUCUUUAUGCGAGUCGUAUUCUGUACCCGUUAGUCUGACGAAAGAUCAGUUGAAAUAUUUAUGCCAUCGUGAUUAUAAAUUUUGGGCCAGAAGACCUCUAUCGAGAGAUAUGCUACUGUGUGCAGCUGCAGAUGUUGCAGCUCUAGUGCCUUAUAUUUAUAAUAUUAUGCGUCGGCAAAUCAGUUCGGAUUUAGAAUUUUUAUUAUGGGAACUGAGCGAAGAACAGGUGUACAUGUAUAUUAGACCUGAUGAAGUGAAACAACGUAAAAAACAAAGAAAAAUAGAAAACGAGCUCGCCGAUUUGCAAACGAAACUAGCCGCUGUUUCCAAUUCUAGUCGUAAUAUUGUGCUCAGUAACCGUGAAAUUCGUUUAUUGCGGUAUCUUGAUUUGACUGAAGAAGAAAAAGAGAAAUUAAAGGGUUCGUACAAAGUGGCGAAAAAAUUGGAAAAGUUGGAGUCUAAAUCAAAAGAUACUGAAGAAGGGGAUGGAGAAUUUCAAAGUUUGGAGAGCUGCGUUAGUGAAAAAUCGACUGCUUCGGAUAAUUCAUUACCAGGUGUACUUUCUCCAACGUUUUCAUCCGAACCGCCCAGUAUCACAGAAUCGAUGCAAAUGGUCGACGAAAUCUUAUCCGAUACAAAGCUCGAUAGACUCGACCGGAUCGAGAAACUGGAGGAAGUUUUGAAUUCCGUUAUAGCCAGACACGAAAACACGUCUUCCAAUAAUAACAACAACACUUACUGCUGCAAUUGUCAUUGUCACAACGAAACAUCAACUGUGAACCAUAAAUCAGUUUCAGUAUCGACUACCGAAGCGGACUGCCAAACCCUUUCCACCGGUGAUAUUGUGAUCACCAAUGUCUUCUACGAGGAAAACCCCAAAUGCCAAGAGAAAACUCUUAUCGCUUCUGCGAGGAAGUGAUUAUUGAGAAUGAUCUAACUCACAUCAUCGUUGGUAAAAUUCAACUUCGAUCAAAACAUAUUUUUCUGAGUCGUAAGUAAUACGUACAUUGAGUAUUUCUUACGGAUAAAAUACGAGUAUGAAAAUCCAUCUGCUGCAAUGUUGUUUUUUAAAAAUAUACCUACACUCUUUCCCUCCGUGUUAAGUGAUAUUCGCGAUAAAAAUCAGUUACCAUCUUUGUCUUACGAUUAUAGUAUUAUAUUUGUAGACUUGUUCAACAUCAGAAUUUAAAUAAGUUCAUUUUAGAAUUGAAUUUAACGAUUGGCCCCAGUUAGAACGGUAAUAAUUCAUUAUGUGAUAUUAGAUAAUUUGCCAUAGUAGGAAUUAAAUAAUUAUUAACAUGGAAAAAAUGGAAAUAGAGUCCAUUUUUUCAUCGUAAGGUAAGUGCACCUAAUAACGCCCACCUCUUGAAAAUUGUAUUAGUAAAUGAAAAACUUUGGUAAUAAAGCCAGAUUGUCUUCAGAAGUUUAUAUUGCAACCUAAGAUUACAAUUACCCGAAAAUUCCACUUUUUAACACAAUUUUGAAUUUUUUUGUGGGGUGGGCGUAAUUAGAAACAGUAGUUUUUUCUUUGUUUAUUUAAAGUAUUCGUUGGUGAGGAUUUUGAGGAUGAAUCAAGCACAUUUAUAUGAACUACAGGAUCGCCUCUUAGUUCCCAGCUUAUUGGUCAAGUUUUGUUUACAGUUUGAAGUUCCUGAAAUUGUCAUUUAAAUAAAGUGGGCCUUAUUAGGUGCACUUAGCUUGGAAUUUCUCAUCCUACUACAUUUACAUAUGCUCAAACUUUGGUACUUACAAGUUUUUUAUUGUUAAUGAAAACUUAUGAGGUGAAAGUUCAAACGUCUCGUUUUUAUUGGUUGUUUUUUGAUACAGCAAGUAACGAGUUACUUACUGUACUGAUAAUUUUUCUGUGAGAAUGAAGUGCCUUAAAAUUUAUAAUUAGGAUAAUAUUUUGAUUUGAGAUUUUUAUAAUAACUUAUUUUUUUGGGAUAUUGCAUUAUAUGAAACUAAUUUUAGUACGUAGUGAUAGUUAAUUUAACAUUGUGAUAAGUUUCAGUUUUGUGUAGGCCUGGGCUUAGAUCUUGAGUGAUCCAAUAUCACAUGAUCUAAAACCUAAGCAGUCUACAAUAGCCUAGUGAUUGGAAACUUUCAAUACGAGUUUAAUUUGACAAACGCCCAAUGUGCAGAAAAUAAAAUUAGGACUUGCUACAAAAAUAGAAUUAAACUGAUGUUUUUUCCAUCAGAUUUGUAAAUUGAAACCCUCUCUUUGAAUAUGAAAAGUAAGGGUCGAGUGAUUAACUGGACAUAAAGGUUCACUUUUGAUCACUCGCAUCAUAGGAAAUGAAUUAUCUUAUACUUCAUUUCACUAAUGGUUGUGAAUUACAUACGUUUGUAUUACCAUAUCACGUGCAAUAUGAAAAUGAUUUACGAUGGUAUGUUUUUCUUUAGGAAAACUGAUCUACAAAAUAAAUUUCGUUGUUUAUUUUCAUAGAAUCAAGAUUUUCAUUGGUGUAAGUUACUAGACUGUGCCUUUAGUAUUAUAAAAUUGACCAAGUAUUCAUUUAAUUAAUUAUGUACCUACUACCUAUAGCUGUCUACUAACCGUCUUGCAACGUUUUUGUUUUAUUAUUUUUUUUUUUUAUUAAAUACUGUUUGUUUUAUACUAAAUAUUUUAGUCUGUCAGUAUUAUUGUUAGCAAUUCGAAGUUUUUCAACUGAUUUAUUGUACUACUGUGAUUUUACAAAGUUUAAAUUUUAUUUUUCAUAAAUAUUGUAUUUUUUACAAACUGUUUUUAUCAGAGUAUUAUAGACUCGUUUUAUCAAUAAAUUACUGAGAUUUCUGAUUCCUCUGCUGGAAUACUAACAUUAUCAAUUUUGUUUUUUGUUUUUCUUCAGUUAGUUCGGUAACAGUGUUGUGUGAUACUUAUUAACAGUUUUGUAAAUUGUAUGGUAAUGUAGUAUUGUAGUAUAAUAAAUAUUUAUUCUAUUCUAAUGGUUGUAUUUUAGUUAUUCGAUGAAUAGAUUAGGUAUUCAUCAUUGCAGACAGGGUAGGUUUUGUUUGGGAAGUGAAGAAGGUUGUUCGUAAGAUCUUGAAGUGCGAAUGAUGAUGGUAUCAAUAAUGCAAUGUAAUCAACUAUCAAGUAAUAGGAUCAAAUUUAUUUUGAAAGAUUUUAUUGGAUUAUUUAUUUGACAAAGUAUGCAUCAUAGUAUGUAGGUGUAGGUAUUGUACCAUAAAUGAGUGAGCGCCGAAUACUUUUUAAAAACCAUGAUGAUUAUACAUUUUUUCCGGAGGUUAUUACUUCAUUAGUGUAAUUCAUCUCAUUUUGAUCUUAUUUUUCAGAUUUCUCAACAGAAAAACAAUUUGUAACGAUGAAAAAUUGAAAGCAACAUUUUCAGAAUCAGUAUGAACACCAGCAAUGUGUACAUUUAUCCAGGUGUAUCAAGAUAGGUAUGUAUUAUUUACAUUGAAAUUUGAAAGAUUCAUGGUGUGCCAUGCCAUGUGUGCCUUUAUUAUGGCACAUUGCAAAAUGAGUACCCAUGAAUACUAUAUGAAUACACUUUUCCAGAACAAAAUUUUUAUUUUAAAUGUAAAUUAUACUUAUCCAAUGUAAAACACAAGAUUAUUCGUAUACCAGGGUUUGAUUGAGAUAUCAGAGUUGUAUUGAUUUAUUGGAAUUCGGCGUUGAAUUUUUUAAGCUUUUAUAUUUUUAUAUUGUAAAGUAAACUAAAAACUGAAAUUUUCAAGUAAAAAUA